UGACAACAAAACUAUAUUAAGAACCAGCUUCUACAUUGAUCAAACCAUCUGUCUGUCCAUAAUAAUAAUAACAAACACAACACCAAGUUAUAAAAGGUUCUCAUACCUCUUUGUCCUCUUUGGUUCUCCUGUGACCCCCCACAACUGAGUUUUUUUUGUUAACAAUGAAAAUGGCAAGGAUCAUCCUUACCACCCUUUUCCUCUCCAACCUGCUCCUCGUUCCUUCAAUAGCUUUUCCAUUUCGGGAAGGAGGCGAGGGGGGCUUAUUAGGACUUCAAAACGGGAAUUUUCUAGGAUUUCCAUUCCCAUUUCGACCAAUUCAAGAUCAGGACCCACCAAAGAAUGAACAGCAGGAGAAGCCAGAGGAAGUUCAAAAGCCACAGGAAUUUCAAGACCAGCCCAAUACUAUCAAUCCCAAUCUCAGGGAAGGAUUCUACAGCGACAGCUGCCCCAAUGCUGAGAAAAUCAUCGCUGACGCAUUCGCCGAGAUUGUCAGGACCAAUCCAAAGGCAAUGGCCAACAUUCUUCGUCUUCAAUUCCACGACUGCUUCGUUGUGGGGUGUGAUGCAUCGAUCUUGCUAGACUCCACACCAAAUGGUGACAAUGUGGAAAAGAGUUCAUUUUUUAACGGUAUACUCCUGAAAGGUCCUGAUCUGGUUGAUGAUAUCAAGAGCAAAUUAGAGGAAGAAUGCCCUGGAAUCGUGUCCUGCGCUGACACGAUGGUGUUCCUGAGCUUCGAGGCGAUGGCACUGGCGGGAAUGCCCCGCCAGAAACCGCUCGGUGGUCGCAGGGACUCGCUCUACUCCCUCGCGACCGUAGUGGAUGACAACAACCUACCAAUGCCGAACUGGUCAGCAGAUAAGAUGGUAGAGCUCUUCCAGAGGAAAGGGUUCAGCCCAGAGGAAAUGGUGAUCUUGUUGGGAGCACAUUCCAUUGGUGCAGCUCACUGUGAUAUUUUCAUGGACAGGGUGUAUAACUUCAAGAACACUAACAAACCAGACCCUGCUCUGCGACCACCCUUCCUUAAUGAACUCAGGCAGAUUUGUUCCAACCCCGGGACACCGCGGUACAGGAACGAGCCGGUGAACUUUGACAACACGCCGACGGUGAUGGACAACCUCUUCUACAGGGACUUGGUUGACAAGGGGAAAUCAUUGCUCCUAACUGAUGCGCAUUUGGUGACUGAUCCAAGGACUGCACCUACUGUGGGGCAAAUGGCUGAUGAUCAGGCAUUGUUCCACAAGAGAUUUGCUGAGGUGAUGACUAAGUUGACUUCCUUGAACGUGUUGACAGGGAAUGAUGGAGAGGUGAGGAAGAUUUGCAGGGCAACCAAUUAACAUGUGUCUUCGCCACUCCCUCCUCGCCUUGAUGAUGAUCAUGUUUGACUAAAUUUGUUAUUCUUUUUGUUUUAUUGAUGUACUGAUAGAGAUAAUGAUGAUCUUUUCCUAUCUCAAGUAUCAAUAAUUCAAUGACAUAAAUUCUAUGAGCAAAUUCUAUAUGUAAUCAUGUGAUGGAGGAACAAAUACUCAAACAGAUGAAUACUGUAAUUCACUAA